UUUAGGAUAGUACAAUUUAUAUUUGGCUACACAUUAUUGCUUUGAACACAGGAAAAAAUGUCGUUUCUACUAUGUUGCUGUCCGAAAAACAAAGCAGAUGGAAAGGGACAAGAAUCUUACAAGAACUACCCAGAAGAAAUUAGGGAGCUCGAAGAAAAACUGAAUCAGAAACAAGUUGAACUGGAAUCAAUGCAAGAAAAAUGUGCAGAACUAAGUAAAAAUCUUACUGCACUCCAACAAGAAUUUCGAAUAAACGAUAAAAAUUUCCAACGAAAAGAGAAAGAAUGGGGAGAAAAAUUGCAAGAAAAAGACAAGAAAAUCAAACAAAUGGAGGGAACUUUUAUAGAUGUUAUGCCGCCUGUAGAAAAACGACCUCAAAGGCGUCAUCGUCCCGGUGUUGGAGGCAACACGGUGAAAAAUGAUAACGUGAAAGCUGUAAAAGUUGAAAAAAAUCUGAAUGACAGAAAGUUUUUAUUGGAUGCAAUCGCAUCUAAUGAUCUUCUGAAACGUUCUGAUGAAAGACAAAAGCAGGAAAUGGUCGAUUACAUGCAGUAUGAGGCGUUUCCUCAAAAUAAAGUAAUAAUAAAGGAAGGAAUGUACGGAGACCGAUUUUAUAUAAUUCAGAUCGGAACAUGUGAUGUAACACAGAAUGGGAAGCAUAUCAACACUAUGAAUCCUGGAACAGUUUUCGGCGAACUUGCAAUUUUGUAUGGUUGUAAGCGAACAGCAACUAUCAAAGCUACAAAACCAGUCAAGGCGUGGUAUCUAGAAAGACAAGUUUAUCAAUCAAUUAGAAGAAAAGAUUGGGAGUCACAAUAUGGUGCUCUGCAAGAGCUUGUCAAGAACACUCCACUCAAAGAUCUCGGCCCGAAAAAAUUUCUUAAAAUUUCGGACGCCGUCACUACAGAAGAAUACGAACGAGGCGAUUUUAUCUUGAGGCAAGGAGAAAUUGGCGAAACAUUUUAUAUAAUAAAAGAAGGCGAAGUAGACAUAACUAUCGCGCAAGAGUCGUCAUCAGAUGCUCAUGGAACGUGGAUAAGAACUCUAGUGAAAGGCAGUUAUUUCGGAGAGAAAGCUCUUCUCAAGGGCGGCGAUACACGAACGGCAAAUGUUAUCGCAAAAUCAAACAAAGUUAUCUGUCUCACUCUUGACCAAGAAAAUUUUAUCAAACUAAUCGGUGACGAUGCUAAAGUAUAUUGGCCAGAGCCAGGCAGAUCUUCCAUAACUUUGGCAGCAAAAAGUCCUCGCCCUUCGCCAUUACCAAUUGCAAAGUUGGCUCCCGUUACGGAACGACCUUCCACCACGUCCCGGCAAUUAUUGCAGGAUGUAUCGUUGAAACAAUUUGAAUCUAUUGCAGUUCUUGGCCAGGGAGGGUUCGGAAAAGUGGAACUUGUGUGUUUGGAUAACAGGGACACCAGUUAUGCACUGAAAUGCAUGAAAAAGUCUCAUAUUGUUGAAACAAAGCAAGAAGAACAUGUCUAUUCGGAGAAAAAUAUAAUGAUGCAAUGCCAUUCAUCAUUUAUCGUUCGACUUUAUAGAACUUUCAAAAAUGAGCGAUACGUAUAUAUGCUGAUGGAAGCUUGCUUAGGAGGUGAAUUGUGGACUCGAUUGAGGGAUGAAACAAAAUUUCCGGAUAGUCGAGCAAAGUUUUACACAGCCUGUGUCGUAGAAGCUCUCGAUUAUUUACACCAGAAGGGAAUUGUCUACAGAGAUUUGAAGCCUGAAAACUUACUUUUGGAUAAAAAUGGAUACGUUAAAGUUGUGGACUUUGGAUUUGCAAAAAUGAUACAACCUGGCGAAAGAACAUGGACGUUUUGUGGAACUCCAGAAUACGUAGCUCCAGAAAUUAUUUUAAAUCAGGGACAUGACGUGUCAGCUGACUAUUGGGCACUUGGCAUUUUGGUGUUUGAAUUUUUGGCGGGAAAUCCACCAUUCAAUUCUGCUGAUGCCAUGAGAACCUAUAGAAUGGCACUUCGAGGAAUUGACGCCGUCGAAUUCCCCCUUCAUAUCAAAAAACCCGCCCAAAACAUGAUCAAGAGACUUUGCAGAGAGAAACCAACUGAAAGACUCGGAAACUUUCGAAAAGGAAUAGACGAUAUUCGUAAUCAUAAAUGGUUCACGGGGUUUGACUGGAAAGGAUUACAACGCGGAAGCUUACAAGCAGAAUACAUUCCUAUUAUAAGCAGUGCAGUUGACACACAGAAUUUUGACAAAUUUGAAAGAGUCAAUGAAAAAGUUCCUUCGGAAAAUUCAGGCUGGGAUGAAAACUUUUGAAUAACUUGCUUCAGGAAGAGAAGGAAAAGAAGGAAUCGAUCAAGAAAACAAAUCAAUUAAGGUUGUUGAUGGAUGACCUACAUUAAUCAGAAAAAGAGACAUGUAUUCAUCAAUUUGCCACAUGCUACUAAUACUUUUUGGAAUUAGAAUGAAUCUCCUGUAUUUUGAAUGAAAAUUCCAAUCCCAUAUCGUGAUUAUAUCGCGGAUAACUCGAAGGAAAGUCAUUUGCUGGCUGAUAUUUUUCCGAACGCUCUUUAUGAUUUUUUUUUGUUUUUCUUUACGUUUUUUUCAGUCAGAUUUACUAUCUAGAAAUAAUCUAUAGGAAAUAUUUUUGUUCUGAAACACCUUGACAUCUCUUUAAAGUAUCGUAUUUUAUCAAUGUUUUAUUCCUAUUUUCUGUGUUUCCACGCGUAAUUGACUGUUGUAAAAACUUUAAAUGAGAGUAUAAACUAAUAUUUUUCAUUUGAAAUACAAAUUAGGAACGAAUUAUUUUUGAUUGAAGCACCAGCGACGUCUUUGACGACGUCUUCCCGAGUAAUGCAAAUGUCAUGAUGCAGUUUAUAGAAUUCAUCAUUACGUCACAAUAGUUUAAAAAAAUCAACAUGAUAUCACAGUGGGUUUUCGCCAGAAGGAAAUACAAAAUAUGACGUCAUAAAAUCAACAAAAACCGGCUUACGACAUAGGCUGUAACGUAAUUUCUGUGAAAAUAUUUUAUUCGUAGCUGCAUUUGGUCGAAAAUAUUAGAACUGGAACAGCGAAAUGAUUAACAUAAGAUCGGACCGUAAAUGAGAAGAAAAUAUUACAUUGUGGACCCAAAGGCGGACGAAACACCUCCCCCAAAAUUUUCAAAUCAACGGAGAAGUAAUGGCACAGUUUUCAAUGAGACGAAAUCCGGUACUCCCAAAGUAUGUGAACCAUGAUGGUUCACCAAGAUGGUUUACCAAUUUGGGUUAGGCCAUACUUUCAGGUACAAAUACUACGGGAGUCGCUUGGCUAGUCUCCCAACUCGUAAUAGAACUAAAAUAGAAAAAAUUGGAAUAAAAUUAUGGCCUAACUCUAACCUAAUACACAUACUAAGUUCCGGUGUCCGCCGUCUUGGUGCACAUACUUUGGGAGUACCCAAAAUCCAACACUAACCCUGACCUACAUUAAGAUGCUUUCUUAAUUUUGUGAUUUUUUGUAUAAUUUGUAUAUUAUCAUAUUUUUAGACUUGUUUCAAAAAGCCUGGGGUCAAUGAUUACCCUACGCCCUCAAAAGAAAGUCUCAUAUUUCGAAAUAAAAUACUGAAAAGUAAAAACACAUAUAUACCAGAUAGGCUUUUUUAUUUGAUCCAUUAUGCUUCCUAAUUGUAAAAGUUGAUUCACAUACAUAAGAUAAUGGUAAAAUUUAUGCACAAAAAUGCAUCUUAAAAAAGUUUAAUGACCAUACCUACAAAAUAACUAAUGUAAUUUCACAUUUAUCCAGCAUUGCCAUAUCUCUACCUUAACUAAUUAUUAUAUAUUAAUUACAAUUCAAAUUAAUUUGACAUGCAACGUUAUGGAAUUACACAAUGGAAUAUCAUCUGGAAAUGAACUUGAAAUGAUGUAGUCAAAUGCAUAUCGUUGUUUUUUUCAUCUUUUUGCAUUCUUCGGAUUUUUCUGACUCUCCAAGGAUGGUUUUUGAAAUGUUUGUUAGCAUUGUUAACUAUUCAUUUUGGUAACAUCGUAAAUUAUUAUCUUGCAUCGUAAACACAUUAUACAUAGCUAAAAGAAAUUAUGACAAAAAGUAUACACCUAAAAGGCUAAAAUUUUAUUUCAAACUUAUUUCCAAAUUGAUUAUAUUUUACAAAAUAUUCACUACGCAAAACAAAAUAAUAAGCAAUAAAGGUGCAAAACCUUGUUGUAUAAUAACAAAAAUAUGAAAUUGUAAUAUACAUGUUGUAUAUGUGCUAAGUAGUGUAAAAAGGAAAUCUCAGAAAAUAUU